CAAGCUUAUUGUAGCUAAAUAGCUAAAUAGAAAUUUGGCAUCAUAGCUAGGUAAUGGAGAAGCUCGUUUCAAGCUGGAACAAUGUCCAAACCGUGCCUGAGAAGUACAUUUUUCCACCGGAAAAGCGACCAGGGAAUGUCACUUUCAAUGCAAGCAAGUCCAUACCAGUUAUAGAUCUUGAAGCAAUAGCCAUUAGUCAAGAUAGAGAUGCUACUAUACAAAAAAUUCUGAAAGCUGGUCAAGAUUAUGGAUUUUUUCAGGUGAUCAAUCAUGGCGUCGCUGAAGAUUUGAUGAAUGACACAAUGAGUGUCUUCAAGGAAUUCUUUGAGUUGCCUGAAGAGGACAAGACAAGCUUCUACUGCGAGGAUGCAAUGAGAAACAAUCAUUGCAUUUUGUAUACAAGUAGUUUACUUUAUGCUACUGAAGAUGUUCACUUAUGGCGAGAUAAUUUAAGGAACUCUUGUCAUCCUCUAGAGGAAUGCAUUCAACACUGGCCCGAAAAACCAACAAGAUACCGACAUGUUGUCGGGGCUUAUGCUACUGAAGUAAAAAAACUGGCUGCAACAAUCUUGGAGUUACUUUGUGAAGGACUGGGGUUGGAGUCUGGGCAUUUUGGGGGUAAGCUCAGUGAAAUCCCAAGUUUGUUAGUCAAUCAUUAUCCACCAUGCCCAGAUCCAAGUUUGACCCUCGGAGUCUCCGAACACUGUGAUCCUAAUCUCAUAACCAUUUUACAACAAGAUAGUGAUGUGUUUGGGCUUCAAGUCUUAAAGAAUGGUGAAUGGAUUGGUGUUGAGCCAAUUUCUAAUGCAUUUGUGGUUAACAUGGGAUACCAAAUGCAGAUUGUCAGUAACAACAAGCUGAGAAGCGUCGAACAUCGAGCAGUGACAAAUUCAGAGAAAGCUCGGACAAGUGUUGCCAUGUUUUUCAUUCCUAAUGGUGACAGCAUUGUAGAGCCUGCCAAAGCUCUUGUUGAUCCACGCAAUCCUGCAAUCUAUAAAUCCUUUCAGUAUAAAGAGUUCAUGUCCCAUUUCUUGAAAAAGACUGGUGGCACUGAUGUCGCCUUGGAGGCUUUUAAGCUGCAGGCUAAUUAGCCGGCUAUUGUUUCAAUGACGGUCAAAUACCCGAAGAUUACCGGCCUCUUGCCCUAUACUGUAUCAUGCUUUCGGGACUUCUUCUUUAUGUUAUGUCUUUAUUGCGUUGGCAUGUAAAAUAAAACUUCAUAAGUUAUUCUGUAAUGAUGAACUGUUGUGUUGUGUUACGAAUAAAAUAGUAAACUAUUGUGUGCUCUA